AGAAAAAGUAACUAAAGUCUUCUCUUCUCUCUCUCAAUCUCUUCUCCUAAAACAAAAAAAAAAAACUUAAAACUCUCCGUUUCAUCUCCUCCGUUCUCCGUUCUCCAUCUGAAGAAGCAGCACAACAAAAUCCGACCCAUCAAUGGAAGCUCCACCAAAUUACCAAAAUAACCACAGCCCACAAACACACUCUCUCCUCCCUUCUCCGAACAGCCAUAGUAGCACCAGUAGCAGCAACAGCACCACCACUUCCAGCAAUGCUCCUCCGCUUCAACCGCCGCCGCUCCCCUCACCCAAACCCAUCACCAGAUCCGAAUCCGCUAACCCUUACCCGACCACCUUCGUUCAAGCUGACACUUCUUCCUUCAAACAAGUCGUUCAAAUGUUGACUGGAUCCCCUAGACCCACCUCCACUGCCGCCACUCAACCCGACCCUCUACAGAAAACCCAUACCCAUAACAUCCCUCCGAUUAAAACCAUGCCUAAGAAGAACCAAUCUUCAUCCGGGUUUAAACUCUACGAACGUAGAAACUCACUUAAAAACCUCAAAAUCAACCCUCUCAACCCGAUAUUUUCUUCCGGGUUUUCGCCGCGAAAACCCGAGAUCCUUUCGCCUAGUAUUCUUGAUUUUCCGGCUCUUGUUCUUAGCCCGGUUACUCCGUUAAUCCCCGACCCGUUUGACCGAUCCGGAGCUGUAAAAUAUUAUAACAAUCCGGCGAGAAAUAAUAAUAAUUUAAUGGAUAUUGAUGCGGAGGAGAAAGCAAUUAAAGAUAAAGGAUUCUUCUUGCAUCCGUCGCCGGCAUCGACGCCACGUGAAGCGGAGCCACGGUUGUUGCCGUUAUUUCCGGUGACGUCACCUAGAGUUUCAUCAGGUUCUGCAAAUCCUUCUUCUUGAAUAAAAGUGUUUUAAUUUUUAAUCUCUCGUGUACGAUUUUAAUUAAUUACUAUAUAAUUAUAAUUAAUAUUGAUGGCAUUGUUAUAAUGAAUAUUUGCAAGAAAUGAGCUUCAAUUGUAUAA